UGUGACGGAUCCGGGACUUGAAAAACUGCACCUCUAGCAUCGGUCUUGUGAUGCUUGCAUCUGGGUCGUUGGAAGUACUUGAAGAACUACUGGUUAAUUCGGGCAGGUCUCCGCGGCUCGGAUGCCUGAUUUUGCACCUUGCUCCUCCGCUCCUGGGAAGCCGGUGCUCAGCCCUACGGGUUCCCCCAUGAGUUCGAGCAGCGGCUCGUCGUUCUCCGAGACGUCAAGUUCGUCGUCGGAAUGCUUCGACACGACGAGCACGACGUCGACGUCCUUCUCCGACCAGGAGGACGGCGCGGUGUUAGUGGCCGCGGGGCGCCUGGUCAACCGCAGCUCGGUCAGCAACAACCGGCCGCCCAGGCGCGUGCGCCUUGGAGCAGACCGGGAGAGCACCGUCAGCUACCUCGAGGCUCGUUCCGUUCACUGCGCCCAGAUCGCGCCGUAGGGCAUAUAAUGCGCGUGCACAGUUCUUUUUCUUGUUCACAGGUUCACUUGUCAUCAAAUAAUUUAUUUUCUCAUGUGACUGUCUCUUCUUUUAUACGUUUUCGUGUACACAUACUAAACAACGUUCCCAAGGGCAUUAAGGGUGCGCAUGGAUGUUCCAUUGGGGGGUAGUUAGAAAACUAUAGCUUGUUGCCCCCUCCCGCACCCACCAAAAAAAAGAAUAUUCCAGGCUGCGCCACUGUAUAGUUAAAUGUUACAUCUCCGAAAUGGAAAACGAUAACGUCCGCAAAAAUCUGUUGUUCUUUUUAAGGCAGGUAUAGGCAUAACAACUCGAAGGCGCUAACAUAAAGGAAUAAUGAGAAUAAUGGUUCUAGAACGUUUGCACAUUGUGUCAUUACCUAUACAUUUUAAGCAAAAGCCUGAUCUAUUUUGAUGAAUGCUGAGCGGUCAGAAUGUAUA